GCCGUUCAGUACGUUAGGCAAGUCAACUUUACAAUAUUUUGGCGAUUGGUGUGUUUUUUGCUUCAGCCUUUUGCACCAGCUAGGAUAGGAAAAUGAGCUUAGUUUGCAUGUCGUACACAUUUACUUUUUGGUAUGAUUUGUGUUUCCUUAACUAUAGCCAAUUUUAUAAUCAUUUUCUAUUACUUUUAUCUAAAUCUUCAGAAAUCAAGGCUCAAAACCUGAUUCGAGAAGCCACCGAAGUAAGGAGUUUUGCUUAUUGCCCAUAUAGCAACUUUCAAGUUGGGGCUGCUCUAUUGUGCACUGAUGGAACAAUUUAUAAAGGAUGCAAUGUGGAGAACAACUCGUUCACUGUGGGAAUUUGUGCAGAAAGAACGGCUUAUGUCAAAGCUAUCAGUGAAGGCAAGCGCAAGUUCUCUGCUGUAGCAGUUGUUGCUUAUCAAGAGGAUUCUUUCACGACGCCCUGCGGAGCUUGCAGACAGUUCAUGUCGGAAUUUGGCGACGUCCCGGUCUACAUAACCAAACCAUCGUACAAAGAUGUGCUAGUUAGUAGCGUUUCAGAGUUGUUACCGUAUAUGUUCACAACAAAGGAUAACACUUUCAAGUAAUCUGCCUUUAAGUUGUAUAUAUUUUUUAAAGACAUAAUGUAGUCUAACUUAUAUACGGGUUAUAUGGGGUUUAAAGAAAAAAUUAUUUUAUUCACUGUAAUGUACAAAUUUAAAUAGAUGAUCCUAUAUAUUACUAAAAGUUUACAGUAUUCUGAUAGAAAAUCGUGCCCAUUACUGUAAAAUGUUACAAGUGCAUGCCAUCUUUAUAGGUCUACUAUAAUUAAUAAAAACCUCUUAUAGCACCUAUUUUAUAAAAACUGGUAAAGCCCCAUUAUCUGAUUGUUGUAUAUAUAUAUAUAUAACUUGAGACGUAGUCAUUGUCGUCUAGACCAGUUAGGUGAAAAAUUAAAGCUUCCGCCUUUUGUUGGGUACUAAAUUUAAGCAAAGAGGACUCUUUAUACUUUUUUUAAUUCUCUCUAGCUUUCAAUGGACUUUGCCAUCAUCAUCAGGAGCUGCAAUUACAAUGAUAACAGUAGCAACAAAAGUG